AUGCUGAUCACGAAAAUUGAACUGGAAAAUCAGAAGAUUGUCGCCUACCAGGGUCUUAACUUUAGUAACCACCCGUUCCCGAAGCUCACUGACGAUGUGUUCCCUGAUACAGCCACCAAACACGCGGUGCUGUGCUCAAAUGCGCAAUUCUUUCCCCUAGCAUAUAUGCAUCCGUUGCUCAAAAAGCUCAUCAAGACCAAACAUGUUGAGAUCCACGAAGUCAUGGUAAAGAUCAAGACAGCAUCACGGACCGUUCUUAUACUCGCAGAUGACGGUACAGAGUGCGAGAAUUGGCCUGAGCACAAUAUUUCACUGUUACGAAUUACCGCCAGUGGGAGCCGAAAGCAAUGGUACAUCAACCUAUCCGGUGCUGAGCUCGGGCUCACGCAAGCAUUCUUUACCGCUGCCGACUUCGAAUCCAAGCACAUGCAGGCGCAGCCUGGAAAUGACUUGAGCAAUCUUCGUAAGAGGAGCAUCGCAGGCUCGACGAGCUGGACACAACCGUUGGUUGAGGCUUUGUCUCAGGCUGUUCAUGGGUACAUCUCCAACUACAACGUCGGUGGACUCAUGUCUCAGAUCAUCAAUGAGCCCGAGAGCCUAACGCGAGAAAUGAUGAGGAGGCAUUUCGAUUACGCUAGCAUUCUUGGCGAUGCUACGACGGUCGAGGAGAAUGCGAACUGCCCUAAGGUGACUCUGGAUCUGGCUAAGAUUGAGGAACAACACAAGGGCCCUGGCGUAAAGGAUUGGCCGAUUCACAAGAAAGCAUGCAAAGACGCCCAGAACGUCAACCUCGAGAAGAAGCUUGCGCGCGUAGCCGAGGUCAUUCAACAGGCCUACUAUGACUUCCGCGAGAACACUUGGGUUCAACCUGUGAUCAAGAUUCACGAUCGCAAUGACGCUCUGGUCAUAUACGACGAGUCCAUGAGCGAGAAGAAGAAGUUUUUCGUCGACUUUCCGCAUCAUCUUGUCACAAAUGUUCGUUCUAAAAAGGCACUGCUUUGCGCAUGGUCAUGUAAUGAGCCGACCGCUUGGUUACAUGAUACCAUUGUUGGUCUGCUCGAAGGACUGAACAUCAAGGUCGAGGAGGUUCUCGUCACGCUAGGUACUGUCCCCCGAAAGAUCAUCUUCCACGAUAAACUUGGUAAAACCGACAACUUGACCUGGCCCUUUUGCGAUCACAAGAUCAUCCGCGUUACCGCGACAAAGACCAAGAAACAGUGGAUCAUGGACCUCACCGGCGCUCAGUUUGGGAUAUAUCAAACCUUCUGGAGUUGGGAGGAAUAUGCAAACAAGUUUUCCACGAAGACGCACGACGUAGAUCCUAUCGGCGACAACAAAGCUAUGUUCGAGAAGCUUGCCAAGAACCCCGGUAACCCAGGUCUGGAACACCGACUGAUGAGGAUGGUAGCAGACCAUCUUGACGAAGUCGUGCGCGGAUGGAAAGCUGAAAGCGGCUUGUCACUGGCGGCUCUCCUUGACCUCAACAAAGAGACCUAUGAGCAGGCUAGUUCAAAGCUACUACAGACCAUGGACCUCGCGAUCCGCGCUCAUGUUAAGACCCAUGACUACAAGGCAGAGUUCCAGGCUGCGCAGGCUUACGAACGCGAGCAUCAGGGUGAAGGCUACAGGGUCGACCUCUAA